AUGGCUCAAAAAUUGCUGAAGACGCUAGGUGACCACAGAUGAACUCAAAUACCAAUGUUCGGUUAAGGUUGGGGGAGACCUAGGGGCAAAAAUAAACUAGUAUUUGCGCUGGGCGUCCAAAUUCCCAACACCCCACUGGGAAGUUGGCAGCCAAACGUGUCCCACUGAGUGGAGCUGUACAUGGCUGGGAAGACCUGCGAGCAACGAGUUUCGAAGGCAAGUUGUCAUCUUUCAUGAUGUUAUUAUUGGAUCGCACGCUGUCAGGAUCCCAGUUUCUGGGUCUUGUCACGUGUAUGUGCGAAAACAUAGUUACUCUGAUUAACCUACCUGUAUUUGCACAGCGCCUGAACGUGUUGUCGUUUCCCCUCUAGAUGUGUCUGCGGUCUACGUCCCGUGUUCUUAUGGCUCUGUCGUCUCCGAGCGUUUGCGUCGCCUAAAGUGGUUCGUCUACAUGAUGAGCAUUUUAUUCAUGCGGUUUUUUAGUUCCGGUUUCCGGUUCUUGCCUUAAUGCAUGACCUUAUAGUUACUCUGACGUCCUAACAAGUAUUUUAAUUUUAGGAUUUCGCAGCGCGCUCUGGCAUGGGAUCAUUGCCUGCUCACCACUCCUUGA